AUGGUAGAAGAUGAUAGGUAUGAGAAAUAUCCAUGGGGAAAAAUAACAUUUUCAAAAUUGAUAAAAGGAAUGCGUCAAGAGUUUUCAAAUGCCAAUCAAAUGUAUCGUCUAGGCGGCAUGCCAUACGCUCUGAAUGUUUGGAUAUAUGAAUGUGCAUCUCAAGUUCCCUCUGAAAUUUCUGUAAGAGUGGGUAAUAAAAUUCCCAGAAUUCUUAACUGGCGUGUUGUCGCCGUGAAGCCAAAAUUUGAGACCUUCAUGUCUACCAUCUUCAGUGAGUAUCCAUGCUCCAACAUAGUCCAAUCUCAACAUGAAAUGGAAUCUAUUAUCAUUAAUGGCAGCCAACAGAAACCUGAAGCUUCAACAUCGGCUCCAAAGGUCAAUUUCAAAAAACCUCAUGAAGUCCCCGGAUUUGAGGACUUUUCAACAACACCACCCACAGAAUUAUUAAAGAGAUCCAGUUAUGUCGCUGAUACAUCUUCUCCACUUCCUUCCAAAAGAAUGAAGACUUUCCCUGCUAAAAAGUCAAUUCAAGUAGAAACAGCCAACAUGCACAAGGAUUUCAUACCACCAAAUGAAUCAAAAAAGCCUGUUUCUCUUGAUAAUGUAUCAGGGGCGAAGUCAGUUGUAGUUGACCAGAAGUUCAAGCGUUUGAAGAAUAAAAUUGAUUCAAAUCACAUUGAUCUUUUGAAAGCCAUCGACAGUAUGGCGAACCGAAUGACUGGCACAUCAUCUCAAGUUAAAACAGAGGAUUUUGAUCAAACAUUCCAUGUGGUUGAACAACAAGAAGCACCUACUGGAUUGAAGGUGCACAAUUUUGCAAAUAAAUCUGACCCACCCCAAAAAAAUGACAAAUCUAAUGUACAGGAAGAUAUUAAGGGACCUGAACCAUCCACCAUGAUAAAACAGGUGGACAAUAUAUCAGAACAAAACAUUUCAGCAGAUGUUCCAGAAUUAUUUGAUCAGCAGGUUUAUUCUGAUACAUUAAAGGAAGAUGAACCAUCCGUCAAGAUACAAAAGGUGGAUGAUGUAUCACAACAUAACAUUGUAGCAGAUGAUGAACCAAAAACAUUAAUUUUUACACCACAAUUGAAGGAUGUAUCAGCACACCAAAUGGAACCACAAAGAGCAGAUACUGAUCAGCUUAUUGCUAAUUCUGAUACAUUACAGAACACUGUAAAGAAAGAUGGAAGAGUAGCCGAUGAUAAAACUGACAAAGUAGAAGAGCAAGUUGAGGAGAUUGAAAAAGAAAAAAUCAAACCAAGCACAUCAGAAUCCAAUACUUCAGCACCAUUUUCGACCGAAACUCUGGAUGUGAUAGAUGCUCUAAUAUACGGACUUCCAUUACCAGCCAUGCCAUUGACAGCUGUUAGUCAUGAGCAAGUUCAGGAUGAAUGUCUAUUACGCGAUAGCCAGCUACCAACCACUCUUUCAUCAAAAGCCAAUGUAUUGUCUGACGAUGCGAAGACACCAUUUCGAAGAAGCAGGAUUCCUUCGAAGAUCUUACAGCCACCGUAUCUUUCAAACUUUGGCUCGAGUGAAAAGGGAAAGGAAAAUUUGUCAGCUGUUAUGCAUCAGACACACCCUUUUGAAGGUUUUGGUAUAUGCUAUCAUCCCCCAUCCGAGCUUGUCACAGACUACUCUCAAUGGAUAGAUAAGGGACUACUAAAAUCACAUGGCAACAAGUAA